AUGACUCGGCCAAGGGUUCCCGAUGACAAGCGUCUACGCAUUGCUCAGGCAUGCGGAUUUUGUAAGACUAGAAAACAAAAGUGUGACGGAAAGGUUCCUUGUAGCCUCUGUAUACGCAAGAAAAAUGCAGACAACUGCGUCUACAAUCCAGCGCAUCGCAGGAAUGCCGGCGUUGCAAGCAAGCGACAACGAGCGGAAGAAGAGGCCUCCUUAGCUGCUUCAGUCUCUCCAAGAGCAAAAUCAGACUCGCCAAAAAGUCCUUGUUUGGAAGCCGACACACCAGUGUCUACCACAACCGUUCUAACCCCUUCCAGCGCACAUAACGGGUUUGGCUCUCAUUUUGGAUAUAGUCCAGAGGCAUGUGUCGUCUCAACACCCAAAAAUGAUCCAAUACAAUCACGACCAUCGUCCAACACCUCACACCAGGUGGAUUGGGGUGCAUCUGUCGACGAAUCGUGGAGUAAUCAACUUCUAGAAGGCGUCAACUCUUGGAGAGAUGUCUGCAUUCCUUCACAUCUUUACGCCACGGAACGCAUGCUUGGAUUGCCACUGCCGGAAGGUGACACUACAAAUCUACUGGGAUGUUCCAGCCACUUGGCAUAUCUCGAUGCUUUGCGAAAUGUUCUUGAGGUUACUGGCAUGCCCAACCCAUUACAUAGACCUUUUGAUGCACGCUUCAGGCUUAUGGAGCUCCCGCCAACUUUCAAACAGCCCUCGGUAACGUUACCGGUGCCACUACCUCCAGAGAGACAGCUAUAUCAUCUCGUCGAGGCGUUCUUGAUCAAUACCCAAGGCUUGAUACAAGUCUUUGACGAAGAAGCUACUUUGAACCUGACUGCACUGAAGAUAAUUUCAGAUGGCAAUCAGGACACAAAGGGCCUCGUACUUCUCUACCUGGUGGUAGCGAUAGGGCUCGUUAUGGCCGGGCCCACAGCCGAGUCUUACGGGCUUGAGCUGGACCCAGAAGCAUAUUUUCAAAGCGUCGAGGCACUCAUCAGCACUCUGACCAAGGAUAUAUGGGCAGUACGAGUUCUUUUAUUAAAGGCCAUGUAUGCCUUGGCCGUAGUGCGGAGGAACGAGGGCUAUGAAUUUAUUGGUCGCGCCGGCUUGCUUGCACAGCAGCUCGGAAUGCACCGAGAGGAGCAAAUUCUCAUGCGAUACGAUGAGAUAAUGAAGAACGGGAGGCCUUGGAGCUUCAAUGUCAACAUUGGCAGACUAAGGAGAAACGUCUGGCGAAGCCUACUUCUGUUGGAUCGCUUCGUGGCUGCUCAACUGGGUCGACCGCCAGUAGUAGCCGACGUGGUUGCUUUUCCAGCACCACCCGAGGAUGCUAAUGGCGAUCUUACCAGCCUCGCGCCAAGUAUCCGUGGGGUUGAGAUGUUAAGCAGAAUUCUCUUGGGAAUCUACAACAAGCCGGAGACAUCAGCAGUGGAAGCGGCUGAGAUUGCCGGCCAAGAUGCCGACUGGCCUUACAUGAAUGAAAAACCAGCCAUCAUCUUCCCCUCUUCUCAGUCGCCGCCAGCCACGCCUGCAGAACUGCAGCGCUGCGCCAUCCACAAUCUUCACUACAGACUGUUGCAGCUACAUUCUGUCAUUCUUUUGGGCCGGCCGUUCAUGCUCUUCGACGCCCAUAUCAAGGGUUAUGACACUCAUCCCCUGUCUGGUGGAGGAGAAAAAUUCCCCCGCGACGCAAUAGAGGCAUCUUACAAGUCCAUCGCGAUUGUUUGGAGUGCAAUGGAGGAGAGGUUUCUAUCCAGGUGCAAUCCUUUCAUAGUCUACUGCAUGACCUCGGCCAUUCUCAUCGUGCUUAGCCAAGAGAUUUCAUCCGAAACGUGGAAGCGCAGCGCGGACCCUAUAUUACGUGGUGACGGACAAGUCAUGGCCAUGCAGAAGGCUAUCGCAGUACUUGAGUACAUGGCGGAGCGUGAGCCACAGAGUAAACAUAUGCUGGGAAUAUUUAGGUAUUUAUGCAGCAAGUGCAAGAAUCCCCAGCUCGCAUCGUUAUCUCAUGGAAAUGCUAUGCCACCGACACCAGAAGUCUUGGACUCGCCAGUCGAGCCUGCCGGGUCACUACCUUCCCGAACACAAUAUGUGCCGCCGUCAAAUCAUGGCCAAGGAACCAGCGUGUUCUCGGAACGGACAAAGAGCGGGCUGGAGGGACCCCUGGAAAUCUUAGGUAGCUUAACAGGUUGA